AUGGAUUCAGACACCGGCUCUCAGCUCUCCAGCGGGGAAUCUUUAUCAGAAAUAGACCUGGUUAGUGUCAGCGUCGGUGUUAGUGUUGAUGAUCAUGUCUCGAUGGGAAAGUCAAUGUUGACAAACUUUGUGGAUGUGGAUGGAGAUGGCAAGGGCGAGGGCAGAGGAGGAGCGAGAGAGACCAAGGUGAGAGCCAAGAAGAAGGAGAAAGGGAAAGAGAAGAAAGAGGAGGAGGAAGAGGAGGAAGGGGAGGUUGUAUCUGAGAUGGAGCUACAGGACCUGAGGCUCAGGGUGAAUGGCCGAGAGCGCAGACGGAUGCACGACCUUAAUGUGGCGAUGGACGGACUCCGCCAAGUCAUGCCUUAUGCCCAUGGCCCCUCGGUCAGGAAGCUCUCCAAGAUCGCCACGCUGCUCCUCGCCAGGAACUACAUCCUCAUGCUGGCCAGCUCCCUGGAGGAGAUGAAGAAGCUUCUGGGGGAUGUUUAUUGCGGAGCCAGACAUGGCUUCCACUCUCACCCCAGCCCCCAGCAGAGCUGUGCCCCACUAGGAGCCUCAGUGACUGGCCAGCUCCCUCUCCAGCCCUCCCUGGGCUUCCUGGCUCCUCACCAUCAUCACCAUCACCAACAUCUGGUGCCGGGCAGCACCGCAGCCUCCCCUCCCUUACACCCCAGUAUCUCUUACACCCCCUGGAGUGACCCCCCCUGCCCCUGCCCCUGCUCCUGCGCUGUGUAUCAGCCCACUUCACACCGACUGCCACCGCCCACCACGGACGUUGAGAAGUGAUUCAUUCUGAAACGGAAUCUCUCGCGCCCCCUCUCUCUCUCCGCGCAUCCUCUGGUCAUCCCGACGUGUUCCGAAUUGCUGCUAAUUAUGAACCCAACAUUCGAAAAGAGUGAAUCUUUGCCUGUUCCGAGGGAUAAUAU